GGCUUUCUGUGGCAUUCCUGACCUCGUGCGUCAUGACGCCGCACGGGAUUGGUGGAAGAAUACGGGGCUGAGCUCCUUCUCCGUCCCUAUUGGCCACUGCGGGCGUCAGCCACAUUCCCCUCCACUCUGUGACGGAUUACUAUGGAAGAAGGUGGAAAACAGUGAAAUAAUCCGAGUGGGCCGCCAUCUUGCCUGUGGUAGUUCAAGCAGGGACGUAGUGGAAGUUAGGACGGAGCCCGGAACGUGACCCCGGCGGGGAGGAACAAACCGCGGAUGUUUAUUUGGAUAACUUACCCCUCCACACUGAGGAAGAUCUGCGCGGUUGUGUGUGCGGUUUGUGGUUUUCCAGUUUGGAAACCCGCUCCCAUCAAACCAGUCCGACUACUAGCUGCUAGUUAGCCGCGGAGCUAACGGCUAGCUGCGGAGCUAACGGCUAGCCGGGCCAGCUAGCUGUCCGAUGACCGAGCUGUGGUCGUCAGCGGCGAAUUGAAGGCUCGGGAAAGUUCGGUCUGUUUCCCCGGAUCUCCCGGAGGAUGAUUGUACGUGCUAACAUGCGAACACUUGACCUUUUAGUUUGGAGACUAAGUGGAGAGUGUGUGUAAACAAGAGGGGGAUCUGGAGCGGCUUUAACACGAUAAUCCUGCUGCGGCAAUCAGUGCAGAUCGAUGGGAAAUGUCCUCUCGGAAGCAGGCUGUUUAUUGGACUGAAAGUCUCUGUUAUUACUCGGAGAUCGGCCUGUUCAGAUGGGUCUGAUCCGAAGAAGAGAGCUCUAACUCGGCUGUCUCUCUGCCCGGGCCUGUCCUCACAUACACGGGUUAAAUGUGUCAUAUUUUCACACUGUGAACCGUAACAACACUACACAUACGGACCGGGACAUCCGGGGCAUGUCGGUGUCUGCCAUCAGAAGCAAAGCUGCUGUAAUCCGGGUUGUGUUCACGGGAUUAUAAUAACAUUAUUAAGGAUCUUCUGUGUGUUUGGAUCCACCAUGGGAUCAGCCACCAAACUGGCCUUCAGUGUCUUCCUCAUCUCCUGCUCCUCAGGUGCCAUCCUGGGACGCUCUGACACUCAGGACUGCGUCCACUACAACUACAGCCCUUCGUCCUCGCUAUCAUCGUCGUCCUCGCUGUCCUCGCUGUACGCGGGGGUGUCUGAGAGCCGGGGGAACCUGAGCGGCGUGGUCACCUGCUCUGGAGAGAAGGAUAAGAGACUUCACUGCUUUGCUACGUGGAAGAACAUCUCGGGAGAAGUCAGGGUGGUCAAACAGGGCUGCUGGCUGGACGACCCCGACUGUUACAACAGGAGUGAGUGUGUGGAGAAGAAAGAUGCUCCUGAAGUCUUCUUCUGCUGCUGUGAGGGCAGCUUGUGUAACAGCCAGUUCUUCUACCGGCCUGACGGCAGCCAGCCGCCCGUACACACGACGAACAAGCCGGUGGCGCCCCAGCCCACGGUGCUGAGCACGCUGAUGUACUCGCUGGUUCCCAUCAUGGCCGUCAGUGCCGUCUUCCUCUUCUCCUUCUGGAUGUACCGACACCACAAACUGGCCUAUCCUCCGGUCCUGGUACCUACACAGCACGCCUUUCAUAUAAUGAUCGAGGACCCCGGCCCCAUGCCCCCCUCCCCCCUGCUGGGACAGAAGCCUCUGCAGUUACUGGAGGUCAAAGCCAGGGGGCGCUUCGGCUGUGUGUGGAAGGCUCAGCUGCUCAGCGAAUACGUCGCCGUCAAAAUCUUCCCCCUGCAGAACAAGCAUUCGUGGCAGAACGAGUACGAGAUGUUCUGUGUGAGCGGGAUGAGACACGAGAACCUGCUGCAGUUCAUCGGAGGAGAGAAAAGAGGAAGUGACACGGAGCUGGAGCUGUGGCUCAUCACUGCCUACCAUGAGAAGGGUUCUCUGUGUGACUACCUGAAGGCCAACGUCCUCUCCUGGUCUGAACUCUGUCUCAUCGCUCAGUCCAUGUCCCGAGGUCUCGCCUACCUGCACCAGGACAUUCCUGGACACAAGGACGGACACAAGCCUGCCAUCGCACACAGGGACUUUAAGAGUAAGAAUGUGCUGCUGAAGUCGAACCUGACCGCCUGCAUCGCUGACUUCGGCCUGGCUCUCCGGUUCGAGGCGGGAACAUCUCCCGGAGACACACACGGACAGGUGGGGACCAGGCGCUACAUGGCCCCAGAGGUCCUGGAGGGGGCCAUCAGCUUCCAGAGAGACUCCUUCCUGAGGAUAGACAUGUACGCUGUGGGGCUGGUGCUGUGGGAGCUCGCCUCCCGCUGCAAGGCUGCUGACGGUCCGUUGGAUGAGUACAUGCUGCCCUAUGAGGAGGAGGUGGGACAGCAUCCGUCUCUGGAGGACAUGCAGGAAGUCGUCGUCCACAAGAAGCUGAGACCGACGCUCAGAGAGUGCUGGCAGAAACACACGGGUCUGUCUUUGCUCUGUGAGACGAUGGAGGAAUGCUGGGACGGCGAGGCUGAGGCUCGGCUGUCGGCCGGCUGCGUGGAGGAGCGUGUUGUGCAGAUGCAGCGGCAGACGAGCGUCACGGCGCCCGAGGACAUCGUCACGGUGGUCACCAUGGUAACCAACGUGGACUACCCGCCCAAAGAGUCGAGCCUAUGACGAGACGGAGCGGGGACUCAGGUGACUCUGAGGAGUAUUUACAGUUUACAGCCGCCAUGUUAGCGGACUGUCUCUCUGCUCAGGCUGAACACGUUUAACAUACAGACUCACCGCUGUCCGCCCUGCUGAGAGGACGCAGGAUGGACAGCCACAUCCUGUUUUAUACUACAAAAUAAAAGACUUCCUGACAGAGUUUUUCUACGAUAAUGUGAGGAUAGAUUUGAGUUUAAAGGGCGAGUGUAGUGUUGUUGCCGCCUGCUGUGUUUCUCUGAACGAUGUGAUGCCAAUAAGGAACAGCUGCUGAAUGUCUGUAUCAUACAGAGGAUUAUAUGAAUACAUAUAUUUAGUUUGUCCCCCGAGAGUCUACCAAUCAGGUCAUUGAUCCAGACACAGAACGUCCCUGAAGACGUCCACACGGAGAAUGAAGUCAGAGAGAUAACGGGAAAUACAACCAGUUCAUAAUGUUGAAGACAAACAUUAAUGAGACAAAAGAUUCUUCAGAUUUCAAACAUUAAAACGUCAGAAAACAGAAAAGAUGUUUCCUCUGAAUCAGAUUCAGUUCAUCAAACAAGUUUAAACUGUUAAACACCAAACUCCACCAGGAAGAAUACCAAUACUGACCAGUACUAGGACAGUAUUAGUACCUACUGGUAUCGUUAACGGUACUAAUACUGUCCUAAAGGAGUGAUACCCUAAAACAUGUGAAGACGUCACCGUGGAAACAGAUGUUUGAUUGAUCAGGAUAUUAAUCAAUAAUCAGUUGGGUUUCACGUUAUUUCUUUGACUCGUCUAGAAGAUUUAAAUCAGAAAGACAAUCAUCAUGAGUUAGUCCAGAUGUUGGAGAUGAUAAUCAUCUGUAAUAAUUAAACAUGUUCAGGGUUAAAGCCUUUUCUUUUAUUUUGAAAUCCCUCCUGCUGGUUUCCUGUCUGUGGUUCCUUCUGAUGUAACAGCUCGUCUCUCCACAACA